AUGUUUCUCUCUUCUCUUCUUCACCCUCUCUCUCUCUCUCUCUCUCUCUCUCUCUCUCUCUCUCAUCUUCUCUUCUCUGCAUCGAUCGUGCACCUCAUCACCCUCUUGCAUUAUCCUUUGCACACGGUCACUCGCACUACAACAUCUUCAAGCAUCAAACCUAUGGCUGUUCUCAAGUUCAAGGCUAUCGCCGGCAUCCUGGCAUUCUGUGCCGCCUCCGUUACGGCAACUGAGGGCGAGGGUGCUACUUCUGAUUAUACCACCACUGAAGCUGCUGUGACUGGCUUUGGUGUUUCGACCUCUGACGGCACUGUCGUCUCUACCAUGAACGUCUGCGCUGUCACUCACCAGACAAACUGCGACCAUAUCGUCUCCAUGCCCUACAGCGUCGAGGUGUCCCCUUCCUCCGCCAUCGGCAUGCCCUCCGCUCCCACUGGAGCUACUGCUCCUGCUGACAGCUCCGAUACCUCCGUCGGCGCUCAGGGUGUCUCUUCUGCCACUGAGGUCGGUCCUUCUGCUGAACAGUCUGGAGCUCAGUCUACCGGUGCCCCCGUUGUCCCUGUUCCUCCCUCCUCCGGUCCCAACUACGUCCCUGGACCCGGUACUGCCUCCGGCGAGCAGGGCCCCAACCCUAGCCCUACCAACUCUGCCGGUGUUGAGAACCCUUCUCCUUCUGCUAUCGUCAGCGCCACCGAUGCGUCCGGCGUCCAGACCACCACCGCCGCCGCCGGAUCCUCUGUCACUGACACCGCUGUCGUUGUCACUGACUCCGAGACCGGGUACGGGACCGCUAGCUCUGGCACAGCCACAAACGCUUACCCUUCUUCUGCUGAGGAGACCGACGAGGGCACUCCUACUGGCACUCCUGGUGUCACCGCCAGUGCAGCUGCUAAGAUGCUUGCUCCUGGUGCCGCACUCGGCAUCGCUGGCAUGCUCAUCGCUGUAAUCUUCUAA